UGUCUCUGCAUCCCAGUGCGCUGAGAGAUAAUUGAGCGCAGUGAAAGCCGAGCAUUCAUUCAAGGACCUUGACUGGCGCUGCUGAAGCCUCGAGGCUCAGGAGUGAUUCAGCAGCGAGCAGGAGAUAGACGGGGAAAGUAAGACCGAAAGAAAGGAGAGAAUAGAAGAACAGGGAAAAAAAGAGGAGGAGGAGGAGAGCGUGAGUUGCGCGCUCCAUUGGCGCCUUAUUUCACUGCUGAACAACAAAACUAUGCGAAAGAGGAUUUUCAACCGAUGAAAACUUCUCUUCUCUUUGCCAAAACCUCAAGCAUUUACUCCAAAUCCACCAAAACUUUGGACUUCAUCGGAUUUUGCGGAUGCGUCGGGCGCACCGGAGCUCUCCAGGGGUGUAGCCGUGCUGAUUCUGGUGCGUCUUUGCGCUGGUAGAGGCUGCGAGUGUGUGUGAGCGUGUGUGUGUGUGAGAGAGAGGUGGUGGAGGAUCAGCCGGAGUGGCCGACCAGUCAGAAGGAUGCUGGAGGGCAAUGCCUGCAGAAAGAGAGGAUGAGAUUUGUCGAAAGGCGCUGGAACUGCUCUCCGACCUGUGCUCCAAGGGAGAGGUGCAGGAUGACCACUGCCUGGAUUUCAUUUACUACUUCAGGGACCUGGCCAGACCGCGUUACACGGACUCAGAUGUAUCGGUAAGCCUGUUGUCCCUGCUGGUGACCACCUGUGGUUUGGCUCUCUUCAGCGUCUCCCUCUUUGUCUCAUGGAAGUUGUGCUGGGUGCCACUGAGUGGCCGCUUCCUCCCAGAUGUCCUCAAGGGGGCCCACUUCUUGGGAGGAGACCAACAGCCUGUCCUCACAGAAGUGGACGGGGAGGACAGAGAGUACAGCGAGGAUGGCUGUGUGAAGGAGCCCUCAGGACCCCCCUCGGCAGUGGCUGUCCCAGAGACAGGCUUAAAGAUAAGCCACACAUCGCCUGACAUUCCCCUGGAGACCCAGACCAAGGUGGAGAAAAACCAGGUCCACACUCUGGCGAGGGACAGGGUCCAGAGACAGAUUACGGAGCCUACGUCGUCUGUACGGCACAACUCCAUCCGUCGUCAGAUGAACUUGUCCAAUCCGGACUUCAACCCAGCUCAGUUUCAGCGCCAAGAGUCUCUUUCUGGUUUGGGCCGAAUCAAACCAGAACUCUACAAGCAGCGCUCGGUGGACGCAGAAGACGGUCGUCGCACUGACAGCUGUGGGCGUCUCCUCUUUGUCCUGAAGUUUGACUUUGACCUGGAGCAGCUGAUCGUGAAGAUCCACAAGGCCCAGGACCUUCCUGCCAAGGACUUCUCAGGGACCUCCGAUCCUUACGUCAAGAUCUAUCUGCUGCCCGACCGCAAAACCAAGCACCAGACCAAGGUGCACCGCAAGACACUUAACCCAGUGUUCGAUGAGGUGUUUCUCUUUCCUGUGGCGUACGCUGAGCUGACGAGCCGUAAGCUGCACUUCAGCGUCUACGACUUUGACAGGUUCUCUCGCCAUGACUUGAUUGGCCAAGUGGUGGUGGACAACUUCCUGGAUCUGGCCGACUUUCCCCGGGAGACAAAACUGUGCCGGGACAUACAAUAUGUAACCUCGGACAAUGUGGACCUAGGAGAACUGAUGUUCUCAUUGUGCUAUCUCCCUACGGCUGGCAGGCUCACCAUCACCAUGAUCAAAGCCAGAAAUCUCAAAGCCAUGGACAUCACUGGGGCUUCAGAUCCAUAUGUGAAAGUGUCCCUGAUGUGUGAUGGCCGUAGGCUAAAGAAGAGGAAGACAUCAACCAAGCGAAACACUUUGAACCCAGUGUACAAUGAAGCCAUUGUGUUUGAUGUUCCUCCUGAGAACAUCGACCAGAUCAGCCUGCUCAUAGCUGUCAUGGACUAUGAUCGGGUUGGACAUAAUGAAGUGAUCGGGGUAUGCAGGGUGGGCAAUGAGGCAGAGAGCCUGGGGCGAGACCACUGGAAUGAGAUGAUGACAUACCCACGGAAGCCCAUUGCACACUGGCACCCACUCAUAGAGUGGGUCGGACAGGGAGCGACGGGGAGUGGAAGCCAAGGAGGAUCCACCAAUUCCCUGAAGACACCACCAUCGCCAUGACCACACAGACACCCCAACCUACACUCACACAAACACAGACACACACACAGAGCCUCAGGGUGGUAGACCGAUAGAUGAUGGACAUGCAGAUAGUCCUAUUGAAAUGUUUAAAAAUGCAGUACAAGGUUUGACUAACAAGUGACUACAAUAGAAACAUCAGCUAAAAGCCAUUAAACUGGUGUGUCAUUAGAUUGAGUGUGCUAAGACUGCUGCAAAAGCUAAUGCCCACUUCUUUCCUCCCCUUGUGUCUUCACAACCAAAAAAAUCACUUAACUACAUUCCAGCUGAAUUACUACAGUACUUUCAUUUGUCAUUUUGAGUUGUUACUGACAGUAUUAACA